UGCUCUUGAAACUCAGAGACGACAAGAUGUCUUUCUCUUGUCCAACUAAGAGAAUGGCUCAGAACUCCUUGAAAAUUAAGCUGCAGGGUUUGGAAUGCCACUUCACCUGGAAGUUGGACGACAGCAGAUCUAAACUGGAAAGUCUCAGAGAAACCCUGAUAGAUAUCAUCAGCAGCGAGGGGGUUCAUUGUUCCUGGACGGGUCAUCUGUACAACCUCCUGGCUUACCUACACCACGCUUUGGGCUCCACAGAGGACGCUCUUCAAUGCCUGAAGAAGGCUGAAGAGGCCAUUCGCCUAAACAGCCCAGACGACGUGGAGCUAAGUCUGGUGGUCCACUAUGGGAACCUGGCUUGGGUGCACUAUCACCAAGGGGAGCUGACAGAGAGCCAGACCUAUGUGGAGAAGGUGGGGAGACUACUGAGGGACAACCCCUCGCCCUGCCCAGUUGUAGUGUGGGGAGAAAGGGCCUGGACUUUGAAUAAGUUUGAUGUAAGCAAGAGGAAGGAAGCGGUACAUUGCUUCCAGAUGGCCUUAAAGGGGGACCCUGAGAACAAGGUGCUGCGAUGCGGUUACGCCAUAGCAUUUAGUAAAUCUUUUGAAAAUAAAGACAUUACCCCGAGGCUGCGAUCUGAGAUGUUGGAGAACCUACGGAUUGCUAGAGAAUUGGAUCCAGAACAUUUGACCAUUACAGUGAUGUACCUGCAGAGGCUUGCAGAUAGCGGCCAGGUUGAGGAAGCACGUAAACUUGCAGAUGAAGUGAUAGAGAAGCCUUUGGACAGCUUUGGUGGAUUUGGACUCUUACUAUCAUUUUUCAGAGAUUACAUUUCUCAUGAUUCAAGCAUUGACCUGGCAAGAAGGACCCUGGAGAGACAACCUGAUUCACGCCACCUGAAAAAGCGUCUUGCGCAGUGUUACAAAUGGAAGAUUUUCUCUCUGGAAGAGAAAAGGAACCCAAUGAGGCAUAUUCUGAUUGAAAAUGCAGUCAGCCUUUAUGAAGAGGUGGUCACACUCUACCCAAAAUCCCUUGCAGUUAAACUGGAACUGUCUGCCAUGUACAAAGAAUCUGGCAGAGUUGAUAGAGCAGAUAAGAUUUUCGAGGACCUGCUUCUUGAAAUAGAAGGAAUGGAACCACAGGAUUUACAAAAAUUCUACAACAGGUAUGCCCAACAUCUGUUUUUUGCCAAACACGAUGCUUCCAGGUCAAUUGAUUUCCACAAGAAGGCAGUAGAGAUUAUGCUACCCACUGGCCUACGUGACAGCAGUAUUCGUGUUUUGUUGUCAAAUGUCCAUAAUGGAGGUGACAGAGCGAAGGAAAUUGUGAACUUUCUGGAUGACUUUAUGAAUGGACUUGAUAGAGCAGGUGCUGCCAGCCAGUUCUAG